ACUCAAUUAAAAAAUCCUAACAAAAAAUUGAAUGUAGACUUACUUGAUUACGCUUGUAUUGAAGUCCUCUCUCCUCCCAGGGCGCUCUAUCUCUGCGCCACUCUUUCUCAAACUCACGCAAUAGCUGACUAGUCCGACUGAACUCCAACCGUCGACAAACCACUUCAACCGCCGAGUCCGGCGCUGAGUUCCCUCCAGUUGACGAACGUAAGAUUUGUGUUACUCUGGAACCUCUUGAGCUUGAGCUUGUGAAAGAAAAUGGUGGCUGCUUUGAAAGCCGUAUGCAGGUCACCGAGACAUUACAAACCCAGAACCUCUGCAUUUCCAGAGAGUCAGCAAUGGCUUUACAUAGCUCGCCGCGGUCUAAUUUUGGAUCAAGCACCUUCUCACUCCGUCAGCCUUCACAGACUCUCUGACUCCGAUUCAGGGAUUGUUGAGGUUAGUUUGGAGAGGCCUGAGGUGAGAAAUGCAAUAGGGAAAGAUAUGCUGAGAGGGUUGCAGAAUACCUUUGAAGCUAUCAGUAAGGACUCUUCUGCUAAUGUUUUGAUGAUCCGCAGCAAAGUGCCCAAGGUAUUCUGUGCUGGCGCGGAUUUGAAGGAACGCAAAAUGAUGAGUUCAUCUGAAGUUCGAGAUUUUGUCAAUACGCUGCGUGCCACAUUCUCGUUUUUGGAGGUACUUUGUAUUCCUACUAUUGCUGUUAUUGAAGGAGCAGCAUUGGGCGGUGGACUUGAAAUGGCUUUAUCAUGUGAUCUCCGGAUAUGUGGAGAAGAAGCAGUGAUGGGCUUGCCAGAAACAGGACUUGCUAUAAUUCCGGGGGCAGGUGGAACACAGCGACUUCCUAGAAUUGUGGGAAAAGCAUUUGCAAAGGAACUCAUAUUCACUGGCAGGAAGAUUGGUGGCAGAGAAGCAAUGUCGAUUGGUCUGGUAAAUUACUGUGUUCCUGCUGGUGAAGCUCAUCUAAAGGCACUUGAAAUUGCUCGCAAUAUAAAUGAGAAGGGUCCCAUAGCAGUAAGGAUGGCAAAAAAAGCUAUUGACGAGGGCCUGGUGGUACAUAAGACCUCAGCUUUGGCACUAGAAGAAGAAUGCUAUGAACAAACCUUGAACACAAAUGAUCGCUUGGAAGCCCUAGCAGCAUUUGCUGAGAAGCGCAAGCCAAGGUAUACUGGAGAUUAAGACGAUAAAAUUGCAAUAAAUCUGUCUUGGAUGAGUUUAUUUGUGUUAUGAAAAUAAAGUUACUUGUCAGCAAUGAGAAAAGGACUGGUUCAUAGAUGCCCUAAUUUUAUAUGUGAUCAUAAUUUACUGUUAUCUCUAUAUUUGAAUGAAUUUAGAGGUCGAUGAAAUGUUUUUCAUUGGUUUAUGAUAAAUUACUUGCAUUUGGAAUUA